AUGCACCCUACCUCCCUUAUAAUGACCUCGAGCUUAAUUGUUAUUUUUACACUGCUGGCAUUCCCUAUCUUUACUACACUAACCCCUGACCCCCGAAAACAUGACUGAGCCCUUUCCCACGUUAAAACCGCAGUUAAACUGGCUUUUCUGGUUAGCUUGCUACCUCUUUUUCUAUUUAUCAAUGAAGGGGCAGAGACAAUUAUCACCUCGUGAAACUGGAUUAACACCCUUGUUUUUGAUAUUAAUAUUAGUUUCAAGUUUGACCACUAUUCUAUUAUCUUUACCCCUGUUGCCCUCUAUGUAACCUGAUCUAUUUUAGAAUUCGCCUCUUGAUAUAUGCAUACCGACCCCUUCAUGAACCGGUUCUUCAAGUAUCUUUUGACUUUUCUUAUUGCUAUAAUUAUUCUAGUUACAGCAAAUAACCUCUUUCAACUUUUUAUUGGGUGAGAAGGCGUCGGUAUCAUGUCUUUCCUUCUCAUUGGUUGGUGAUACGGGCGGACAGAUGCAAAUACAGCAGCCCUCCAGGCAGUCGUAUACAACCGCGUUGGAGAUGUCGGACUAAUCUUUGCCAUGGCAUGGAUGGCCACCAAUCUCAACUCCUGAGAAAUGCAACAACUGUUUGUGGCGGCCAAGGACUUUGACCUCACUUUCCCCCUUCUAGGGCUAAUUGUUGCAGCCACGGGAAAAUCCGCCCAGUUCGGACUCCACCCGUGGCUCCCCUCUGCCAUAGAGGGUCCUACGCCGGUCUCUGCCCUACUGCAUUCAAGCACAAUAGUAGUCGCGGGCAUCUUCCUACUAAUUCGAAUAAGUCCCCUAUUGGCAGAAAAUCCAACCGCCCUUACUGUCUGCCUCUGCCUAGGCGCCCUCACAACCCUGUUUACAGCUACCUGCGCCCUAACACAAAACGAUAUCAAGAAAAUUGUGGCAUUCUCAACAUCAAGUCAGCUGGGCUUAAUAAUGGUAACCCUCGGACUUAAUCAGCCACAACUAGCUUUCCUCCAUAUUUGUACUCACGCUUUCUUCAAAGCAAUGCUUUUUCUCUGCUCUGGCUCAAUCAUUCAUAGCCUAAACGACGAGCAAGAUGUUCGCAAGAUAGGAGGCAUACACCACCUCACCCCCUUCACCUCUUCAUGCCUAACUAUUGGUAGCCUAGCUCUUACUGGCACUCCUUUCUUGGCAGGUUUUUUCUCAAAAGACGCCAUCAUUGAGGCGUUAAACACAUCCUACUUGAACGCCUGGGCCCUCAUCCUGACUCUCUUGGCCACUUCCUUUACCGCCAUUUAUAGCCUGCGUGUUGUAUAUUUUGUGUCUAUGGGUUACCCUCGAUUCAGCCCCCUCUCCCCAAUUAAUGAAAACAACCCGGCGGUCAUCAACCCCAUCAAGCGACUAGCCUGAGGCAGCAUCGUCGCCGGCUUUCUGAUUUCCUCAAACAUCCUCCCUCUAAAAACACCUGUCAUAACAAUAACCCCCCUACUUAAAAUUGCCGCACUCAUCGUUACGAUUGGAGGCUUGCUGCUCGCCCUAGAGUUGGCCUCCCUUACAAAUAAGCAGUUUAAACCCACCCCCCGUUUAACCCCCCAUCAUUUUUCUAACAUACUAGGGUUCUUCCCUACAAUCGUCCAUCGGGUUUCCCCAAAACUCAACUUGGUCCUAGGCCAAACAAUUGCAAGCCAAAUAGUUGACCAAACGUGACUAGAGAAGUCCGGCCCCAAAGCCAUGGCCACUCUUAACACUCCCCUCAUCACAACUACAAGUAACACGCAACAGGGGAUGAUAAAGACUUACCUCUCCCUCUUCCUUUUAACCCUAGCUCUUGCCACCCUGGUAUUUGCUAAUUAA